UAUUGUUGUGGGGGCAGGCAGCAUCCUGCCACACAGCCCCCUCCCCAGUGCUGUCCCUGUCCCCUCCAGCUGCCACGCUUAGGGUGUGGGAGCCGGAAAUGGGGGGGGGGGGCGGGGCCUGGGUCCUACAUUGUCCCCCAUAGCUGCACGGGGCCUGGGAUCGGUGCCAGGCCAUGCCAGCAGCCGGGUGUGUCCCCGCCAUGCACCUGCUGUGGCGUUGGCCCGGCUCGGUGGCCAGGUGCGGGUGGAAGAGCAGGCUGCCCACCGGGCCUUCGGUGCUGCGGGGGGUUCUGAGCGGGGAAGCAGGGCCGGGAUGGGCACUGGCCCCGCUCUGCAAGGCUGUCCCGGCUCUGCCGCGGGCGGGGAGGGUGUGGGCGUCUCGCCCAGCAGCUGCCCCUUGCCCGGCACUUUCAGGGGUUGACCACGGUGGAGGCGGCGGGUGGGAGUGGUGGUGGGGGGCCGUGGCUCGCCGGACCCAGGUGCCCACCAGUAGCCGGUGCGGCAGGCGGUGCAGGUAACGGCUUGGCCGCUGCCGGUGGGGCCCGGGAGCGGCGGGGCCGGCGCGGGGUGCCGGUGGCUGGAGGGGAGCCGGCCGGGGCGGCGGGAGCUGGGGCAACGCUGGCCCCGCCCACUCAGCGGCUGCACCCACGUCGGUCCCGCUCCGCGGUGGGCGCGUGUCGCCCCGGCGGCCAUCUUUGAGGCGGGCAAGGGCGCAGGAUGCCGGUUAACCCUUGCGCUGCCGGGGGGGGCGCGGGCGGAGCCGCCCCGGGUGGGGCUGAGCCCCCGCCCCGGGCAGGGGAGGGCCCGGCGGGCGGGCCGGGCGUGUCCCAGCCGCUGCCGGUGGUGGUGCUGGCGGCGGUGCCCGGGGCUGAAGUCCCUGCAGCCACAGGGCUGGAUCCUGACCCUGACCUGCUGAGCCCGGAGCUGCCCAUGCUGCAGCUGCUGCAGAGCACGGUGAGAAGCCUGGGGCCACCGGAGUGGGACGUGCAGACCAUGACACGGGAGCAGGCCCUGCUCUACCUCUUCGUGCUGCAUGACCAUGACCAGAGCGGGCACCUGGAUGGGCUGGAGCUGCUGCAGCUGCUGAGCUCUGUGCUGGUGCCGCUGGACAGUGAGUGGCUGGACCCCUAUGUGGUGGUCCCACUGGUGGACCAAGUGCUGGAGAGGCAGGACCUGAACAAGGACGGGCUGGUCAACCCCCCGGAGCUGCUGUUCUUGCACAGCAGGGGUCAGGGACCUCUGGGGCAGCCCCAUGUGCAGCGACCUGGGGAGUCACUGGCAGAGGCUGGGGCUGUGCUGGCGGGGGAUGCAGGGGUGAGCAGCCCCGGGCAUGGCCCGGCAGAGGGGCAGGUGGUCCCCCCAGCUGCAGCCCCCAAUGCUGAAGCCAUGGAGGUAGAGGAAGCCUCUGAGACUGAAGCCCCUGAGGUUGGAGCCCCUGAGGGGGAGGCAGCCCCAGUUCUGGGGGAGCCGGGGGAAGGGUAGGUGGGGGGGGGCUGUGGGCAGGGCUGUGCCAGCCCCACAGUAGCUGUGGGGUGUGAUGCCCCAGCUGCUCCCUGCCCCACUAAGGGCACAGAGCAGUGGGGGGAUCCCCAUGCCCCCCAUCCCGCAGCAGGGCUGGGGAGGGUGGUGGGGCCAGGAUGGUGCAGUCAUGUGUGUAAAUGCAGCAGGAUGGAGAAAUACAGGCGCUGCUGCUGGUGCUUGCCAGGGCCCUGGUCA